UGUUCACACCCCCACAGGAAACUACUGACAUCAAGAAAAAACUGUCAGUGUGAGCUGACACAGAAACAGAAAGUACAUCAGUCGGGAUACAAUAUAUAUAUAAAUAUAUUUUAAAUACAGGAAAAAAGUCAAAACUGUUUCAAAGGUGAUGUGUUUCCAUUAGUGAGUUGGAGUGAUGUAGAUAUUGAGAAAUAGGGAGUUUGUCUGAUGAAACGUUGUCUACUUUGGGUUGCGAUCACAUGUUCAUGGGUUGAAGUGUGUUUCUGUCAGCCAUUCAUGCAGAGACCACAUUCACUCACUUAACAAGAACCGGACACAUUGAAACUACAGCUCUUGUGUGGAAGUAACAAUGUCAGAAGACUAUUUCUGGGAUUUUUUAAAUAACCUCAUUUUGAUAAGGUAUUUUUGUGUUUACUGGAUGCUGUUUUGGACUCUGAGAGGUGUCUAACAACGUGUGCCAUUCCAAAACUACAGUGCAAUGCCAAGCUGAACUCAAUAAAUGCUCAACAUUCAUAGAGUUGAUGGGAAAACUCUCGGAUUCCAGUUAAAUGAGAGGAAGAUGAAUGACAGCGACAUCUCCUGCAAUUUCACUGAGCAACAAAUAAUACGAGAUUAUCAGCAUCGGAUUUAUGCAGUCUUCUACACAGUGAUUCUAGUUCCUGGACUGAUCGGCAAUGUUCUUGCGCUCUGGGUUUUUUAUGCCUACGUAAAGGAGACAAAGAAGGCAGUGAUAUUCAUGAUCAACCUGGCCAUCGCUGAUCUGCUGCAGGUGUUAUCACUACCUCUGCGCAUCUACUACUAUUUGAACAAUUCAUGGCCUUUCGGUAAGAUCGCUUGCAUGGUCUGUUUCUAUGUGAAAUAUGUCAAUAUGUAUGCCAGCAUCUUCUUCCUGGCCUGCAUCAGUGUGAGACGCUGUCGACUCAUCAUCCAGCCGCUACGCUAUAGCAGCUCAAAGAGACGGCGGGACCGCAGCUGGUCUUUAGUCGGGUGGUUUGUGGUGUGUUUGGGAUGUCUGCCGUUCCCUCUUCUACGGAAAAACAAUACCAAUGCAAAAUGCUGCUUUGCCGAGCUACCCAUGAUGCAACUCAGCAAAGAACAAGGAAUAUCCCUUGUGACAGUUGCAGAAAUCACCGGUUUCCUUCUUCCGCUGGCUGUAGUGGUCACCUGCACGUGGUUGACCGCAGCGAGUCUGCGUGAGAAAACCUCCGUACUGCAGGACACGGGGGAAAAGCACAAGGCGCUCAAGAUGGUGUUGAGUUGUGCUAGUGUAUUCCUGGUCUGUUUUGUGCCCUAUCACAUAACUUUCCCUUUAGACUUCUUGGCCAAAUCAAAUACUGUUAGUGAUGCAUUUAAGGUUGCAGUCUUCCAUGUUCAUCCAGUUACCUUGUGUCUAGCAAGUCUGAACUGCUGUCUGGACCCAGUGAUGUACUACUUUACCACCGAUGAGUUUAAGCGUCGCCUGUCCAGGCCAGAAUUGCAAGAAAGUUUGCAGUUACACCUCAGAGGUUCUUGCUCCACAAAUCGUGAUGUCUGAGGCCUCGAGUACAGACAGAGGUGACAGAGACUGCACAGGGACGUCGCUUUUAAGCCAUAACAAAAAAAAAAAAAAAAAAAAAAAAAAAAAAACUUUCUGUAUGUACAGUUGAUGAACUCCAAACAUAUUUGUUGAGAUAUGUGUUCAGACUGCAGAAUAUUUUUGAAACUCAGCUGUGUAUUGAUAUGAUUUGUAUUGAUAUGAGAUAAUUUUACAAAUAAACCUUGUUCUGCUCUUAAAGUUCAGGGAAUGGGCAAAAAAAAAAAAAGAUCAUUUUUUUUCAGGAUUCUUUGAUAAAUAGAAAGUUCAAAAGAACAGAAUUUAUUGUAAAUAUAUUUGUUUGUGUAACAAUGUAAAAGUCUUAAAGGGUUAGUUCACCCAAAAAAUGUAAAUUUCAGCUUCCAGGUUCUAUGUCCGAAUGGACAGUAUUGGCCAAAGCUGAUCACAUCACCUUUAUUUAUAUAGCGCUUUUUACAAUGUAGAUUGUGUCAAAGCAGCUUUACAUUGAUAACUGGUACAUUAUUUGGCUGCACAGCAGCUCUUAAAAGAAUAGUGUCAAUGCAGGCAGAUCAAAGCACUGUUGAAUAUCAAAUGUCAAGUCAAAUGUCAAGUGUCCCCAACUAAGCAAGCCAAAGGCGACAGCGGCAAGGAACCCAAACUCCGUGAUCAGCACGACGCAUGCGUGUGAUUCUGACGCGGGAGCCGGCGUUCUGACAUAAACACAGAAACGCAGCACUGCGCCAACUGCUUAACAGACGGACAGGGAAAAGAAGAGAUUGUUGAAUAAAGUGGUUAUUUUUGUUUUGUUUUUGUGCACAAAAAGUAUUCUCGUCUCUUCAUAACAUUAAGGUUGAACCACUGCAGUCACAUGACUGUUUUAACGAUGUCUUUAGUACCUUUCUGGACCUUGAAUGUGGUAAUUCCGUUGCUUUCAAUGGAGGAUAAAAAAAACCUCUCAGAUUUCAUUAAAAUAUCUUAAUUUGUGUUCUGGAGAUGAACGAAGGUCUUACGGGUGUGGAUUUUUUUCAGUAAUUAAUGACAGAACUUUCAUUUUGGGGUGAACUAACCCUUUAAAAAUUACUUCUGAUCCAUUUAAUGCAUUCUUUCCGAAUAAAAGUAUAACUUUCAAAUA